UGUUGAUUCCUCUGCAAGGUGGUGCCGCAUUCUCUAGUCCUUUAUUCAUUUCUGAUCUAUUCGGGUCUGCCUGCAAAAGAUUUAUCAGAUCAAGGAACAUGAAUGGUGAAGAUAGCAGCACCAUCUAUGACACAGUCCAAAAAGAAAGGAUGUAUGAGGUUCCAGAAACGCCAGAAGAAAACGAAGUCCCUCUUUAUGAUAACAUCCAUGAAGGCCUGAGGUCAGAAGAUGAUGCAUAUGCCACUGAGCUGGAAAACCAUGAAUACGACUCUGUGUCAGUUGAUGUUGCUGAGGGUGAGGAGAACAGCUUGACCUCUUCCCAACCAGAAGCAGGAGACUACCUCCUGCCAGGUGACAUAUGUCCUGAGUCCCAGGAUCUUCAACAGGGUGAGCCACCAGUCUCCAGCGAAGACUGGAACAACUCAAUGGAAAAAUCACUCUCACCAGCCCAAGACCAGGAAGAAUUACACUCACCAGCCCAGGACCUGGAAGAAGUACCCUCACCAGCCCAGGACCGGGAAGAAGUACCCUCACCAGCCCAGGACCGGGAAGAAGUACCCUCACCAGCCCAGGACUGGGAAGAAGUACCCUCACCAGCCCAGGACUGGGAAGAAGUACCCUCACCAGCCCAGGAACCCCAGGAGGAUGGAGGCAUGAUGGAGAAAGGCCUGCCCUCUCCAACCUUCCCCACCCAGCAGAGUAGGGCCUUCUUUGCCAGCAGGGAUUCCUCCACCUGCCAUUCUGCUGCUGAUGGUUUGGAAGAAAGUGAAUCAACUUCCACAGACCCUGAGAUUAUCCUCUUUGUUAAGGCUGGAAUCGAUGGGGAAAGCAUUGGCAACUGUCCCUUCUCUCAGCGUCUCUUUAUGAUCCUGUGGCUGAAAGGAGUUGUGUUCAACGUCACCACUGUGGAUCUGAAAAGAAAGCCAGCCGACCUGCACAACCUGGCCCCUGGCACACAUCCGCCCUUCCUGACUUUCAACGGGGACGUGAAGACGGACGUCAAUAAGAUUGAGGAAUUCCUGGAGGAGACCUUGACUCCUGAAAAGUACCCCAAACUGGCUGCGAAACACCGGGAAUCCAACACGGCAGGCAUCGACAUCUUCUCCAAGUUCUCUGCCUACAUCAAAAACACAAAGCAGCAAAACAAUGCUGCCCUUGAGAAAGGCCUGACCAAGGCACUGAAGAAACUGGAUGACUACCUGAAUACCCCUCUUCCAGAGGAGAUCGACGCCAACACUUGCGGGGAUGAAGACAAGAGGUCCCGGCGCAAAUUCCUAGACGGGGACGAGCUGACCCUGGCCGACUGCAAUCUGUUGCCCAAACUCCAUGUGGUCAAGAUUGUGGCCAAGAAAUACCGCAACUACGAUUUCCCGGCUGAGAUGACAGGCCUGUGGCGGUACCUCAAGAACGCCUAUGCUCGGGAUGAGUUCACCAACACCUGUGCGGCAGACAAGGAGAUCGAGUCGGCCUACGCGGAUGUUGCCAAGCGCCUCAGCCGGUCCUGAGCUCGGCCACCUUGCCCCACCGCUCCAGCAGAAGGACUCCGCUUCUCCCAAAGGACUCCGGCCUCACACACUCCUCUUCCGCGUUGCCUCGGGGACACCCCUUUUUGUAGCCGGCCGCCUCUUGCUGGCCUCAUGGAAUCCCGGCCUGCUGUCUCUUAGGAAGGUCAGCGCCGACCCCAUCUGAUCGUGCAGGAAUCUGCAAGCAGAAAUGAUAGAAAUAGUCAAGCUCUCAACCUUUGGGCCGAGACUGGGUUCCGUGCAUCUGGGGUCAGUGUUGGAGAACCCACGUAAGGGACCGUCACUGCCCCCUCCGCCAAUAUCAGAACCUCUCCUCAGCUGCAUUAGGAAAACGUGCGACACUGUGCCCUCUUCCGCCCUCCUCUUUGUUGGGAACUCCACGGCCAAGGACAGAUGCCAUCGUAGUUCUUAGUAGAAACAGAUCCGCUGCGUUUGGGGGAGAUGGAGAGAGUGAACGGAGGACAGGCAGGCUGGGGAUUGGGCCCGUGACGGACACACCUGCAGUCCCUCACAGCGUCUUGACACCUGCCGUCCCACUGGGCGCUGAAGACCAGAUUGGAAAACCACUUCAGGUGUAGUCUCCGCUUGCCGCCGUGCUGAGGGCAUUGCGAUGCCCUCGUGUAUCUGGCUGACACCAGCCUCUGUUUUUACACUGUCCAGGCCUUUCGAGGAAGGGAAGUUGGCAUGCAGUUGCAAAGCAGAGUGACUGGGAAGGGCCAGAGGAGGAGCGUCAAUGCCAAAAGGACCACGGGGUCUACCAGCCAUGGAUUUUGCUUGCUUUAGGGGUAGUUGUUUUGGUGGAGAUUACGUUUGAUCCAUGAGUGAAUUUCAGUCUUGGAGAAAGCAGAUGGGGGGGGGGGCGGUUGGGUGAAGAAGUUCUUCAUGAGGCUCCAUGUUCCCUGGCAAUCUUUCAGAUAGGUCUUCUGUGAUCUCCCUAAGUCUUGAACUGCUGAUGUUAUAUAUCACUGCGAACCCUAUAACAAAAAAACCAAGAAUUGGCCAAACAUGACUUUCCAGGUCCUUCAAGUUGCUCCUGGAUGCGGGUCUUGGGUCUGCUAGCUGGGCGCUCCUGGCUGAGUCGGCUGCAGCCUCCAUCGGGUGAUGGGUCCAUUUGGGAGGUUGCAUGGUCAUGGAACACCUUAGGAAGAAAGUCCAUGGGCCUUUCUGACUGGGAAACCAUGUGGUUUGAACUUGAAGAAAAAUAGGUGCCCCAUCUGGGCUAAUUUUCCUGCCAUCUGACUCACCUGCCAGAUGAAAAAGGAUAUUUUUUAGUUGGUAUUUCUCUCCUUGGUCAUUCUCCUUGAGUGUCACCUCCUUCAAAGCUCACCUGGCUUGAGCCUGGGGACCCGGGCAGAGGAAACUCAGGAAAAUGAGCUAACCAUCGGCCCCCUAUCCUGGUGAACACCCUAUGAGAAAAGCCACCUGCCACAGGAUGAGGCUUCCAAGUGCUAGAAAGCCUUGGGACCUGGCUCGUUGCUCAGGAAGGGUGGCAGGACAGCAUGGGGCCUUUCCGUGAAGACAUCCGUGCAUCUUCAACCCGGCAGGCCCCAGACCCACCUGCCUCCAGGGAGCUCUGGAGAACAAAGGUGGCACACAGAUCUGAGCAUUGGGGAGGAAACAGGGGCCCCCUUAGCCCACUGAGGAAGAGGAAAUUUCUCAGUAGGACAUUUUAUUAGCCUGAGAGCUUUGCAAGGGCAGGAGGAGUCGAUUCAUUUCCACCCCUAAAGGAACCUUCCCUGGGACUCCCCGGGAACUUAGUCCCGAGACAUGUUUAAAAAGGAGAAUGCUGAGGAAAUGGCCCCUUUUACUCUACAGUAAAGCCCCAGACUGGUCUCUUGGGAGAUGAAGUCUUGAAUGAUCCCAGGGGACUUUGAAUUAGUGUAAAUCCUGUUGUCCCCAGAAACCCCUCCCUGAGUUGACCAACACAGGCAUGAUGACCUAAGAGGCAGUUUACUUUCCAGAGACCCACAGUGGUGCUGUUCUUGAAGCAGGUAGGUGUUAGCAUGGCCAGCGCGACAGAGAAAACAGGCCACCUGGGGAGGAUGGCUCCCCACAUGAGUUGUCGGAUACUAAUGACUGAUUUGAUUGUCAGAAUUCAGCGUUGGCGAGUCUUUAAAAACAAGCCAAACCAAAUCAACAUGGUUGUUUCUAGAUAUUCCUUCUGUGGCUGACUUAGUUUUACAUAAAUAUUAAGGCACGAGUUUGGGGGGGCAGUUACGUGAUCACUUAUAACCAUUUAACACAGGGGGCAGAGUUAUAGAUGGAAAGCACUUCUGAGUACUUGAUUCAGGAAUAUCUUUUUUCUUUCAACAGUAGAUUACUAUAUAAUACGACUAUUGACUGAGAGCUUUAAUGUCUUAUGACCAGAUUUAUUAGAAUAUUUUUAAGUAACAAUAAUAUUAUCUUCUGAUUAUUUUUUUCCAAAAGAGAUUUGCCUCCAGAUUCUUCAGCCUCCCUAAAGAAUCUUGGCCAUAACCUUGUUAUAUACAUGGCAAAUCAUCUUCCAACAUCCAUAUGGUGAGGUCCUUAGGUGUCUCCAGAACCAACUCAGGAAGUAUUCAAGGUUUGCAGUGUAGACUCCAUAGUUUUAAGAGGAGGUCACCCUUGUCACUGGUCUCGAAUGAAUACUGAUCCUUCAGAAAACAUUUCAUUGGCAUUUGAAAAGGUUUGGGAUGAGAUCCUAUUUUGUUUGGGAUUUAUUUUUCUUCUUUGGUUUCCGUGUCACUGUUUUAUUUGAUUUUUAUGGGAUAGCAUGGUGGGAGGCAGAGGCAGAAAGAAGAACCCAACUUAGAAUAACUAUGUAGAAUUUACCCAUCUGUCAGGCUGGGCUGCCUCUCAGGAUGGCCCAGAGAGAAGGUAUUGGAUAUGAUUUUAAUAACUUUAUAAGAUGGGCUGGAUAAUGGUUCCUUCUAUUGUGUGUCUUUGUCCCCUGAUAAGGGAAUUCAGAUGCCUGACAAUUCAGAAUCACAGGCUGUGAAAAGUGAAAAACACUUUUAUUUGGUCAAACAAUCUCGGACGGUUUCAGCUUCCCAGGAAAUGCCACUGUUUUUGGUGUUCACAUCCCCC